UUUGUCACCUCUAGGCAAAACACAACAAAUCAGAGAAAAAGCCAAAAGGAAAAAUCUUUGAUCUUCCAUAAAUGAAUUAAAAUUGAUAUAAAAUCAUUAAAUAUUCAAAGAUAUAAUUAAAACAAAGCAAAAACUGCAUUUAAACGAUGGAAAUGGAAUACGAUGAAAGUGGUUGGCAGCAAGGCAGGCCAAAGGGAGAAGAUGAGGAAAUGCCCGAAGAUAAUCCGCAGGAAACUAUACAAGAAUGUUUGGAAAAGUUUCUCACACCCGAUUACAUUAUGGAACCGGGUAUAUUUACGCAGCUGAAAAGAUAUUUCCAGUCCGGUGGUUCUCCGGAGGAGGUAAUUAUGAUGCUGUCGGAAAACUAUAAAGCCGUGGCACAAAUGGCCAAUUUAUUGGCGGAAUGGCUUAUUUUGGCCGGCGUUAAGGUAACCGAUGUCCAGGCAAUGGUGGAAAAUCAUUUGAAAGAUAUGAUUUUGAAAACAUUCGAUCCCAAAAAGGCUGAUACCAUUUUCACCGAGGAGGGUGAAACUCCGGAUUGGCUGACGGAAAUGAUAGAUCAUCCCACCUGGAGAUCUCUAAUAUAUCGUCUAGCCGAAGAAUAUCCAGAUUGUUUGAUGUUAAAUUUUACCAUUAAAUUAAUAUCUGAUGCUGGAUUUCAAAGUGAAAUUACCUCUAUAUCCACGGCGGCCCAACAGAUUGAAGUGUUUUCAAGGGUUCUUAAAACUUCCAUUACGAAAUUUCUCAGCAACCCCGAAGACAUACAGGGAGCCAUACAGGAAUGUGCACGCAUGGUUUGUCAUGGUCAGCACACCUAUGUUUAUUCACAGGUUUUGAUACAAGUUCUGAGUCAGGAGACAAAGGGAGGUUUCAAUAUGAAACGUUUGUCCCAAGAAAUCACUAAAUAUGCGUUACAGAACAAUCAAAACGUAACACCCAUUACAAUGGCUCUAAAUGGUUCAGCUGCCUAUCCCCAAGCUUGUCAGGCAUUGUCUUCCAUGUUGUCGCGCAACACCCUGAAUCCAGCAGACAUAACUGUACUUUAUCGCAAUUAUUCCGGAGCAGAUCCGCCGCCAAUUGACUUAAUAAGAAAUCCACAAUUUCUGGAAUUACUCGUGGAUUCUCUUUUUAAGGCAGGAGUGAAAAUCAAUCCAGAACAUAAAUCCAAAUAUAUAUUCUUGUUGGCCUAUGCCGCCUCAGUUGUGGAUACACCGGCAAAGAAGAGACCCCUAACCGAUAGAGUUCUUAAUAAAGACGAACUGAAAAGUACAAUACAAGCUAUAGAAAAAGUUCAUGCUAUCUGCAAUGUUAACAAGGGAUCAACGGAACUAAUAGCUGAACUGCAGACUCUAUACAAUUGCAUUAAAUUCCCCGUAGUAGGUGUUGGCGUCAUACGCUGGAUUGAAAACACUGUCACCGAACCGUCAUACUUUAAACUUUCCACCGACAGUUGUCCCACACAUCUGGCCAUUCUAGAUGAAGUGGCCGCUGUGCACCCAACGCUACAUCAACAAAUUCUCACGCUACUAAUACGUCUAUUCGAAUCCAAACAAGAUGAAUUGGAAAUUCUAGUACAACUGGAAAUGAAGAAAAUGUUACUUGAUCGUAUGGUAAAUCUACUGACACGAGGAUGUGUUGUACCUGUUGUCAAAUACAUUAAACAAUGUUGGGGUAAAGGUGACACAGAUAUAUCGUUGAUACGAUACUUUGUUACAGAAGUCUUGGAAACCAUAACACAUCCAUAUUCAUCUGAAUUUGUACAACUAUUUCUGCCCAUGGUGGAGAAUGAAGAAAUCACCGGCACCAUGAGAGGUGAAGGUGACAAUGAUCCAGUUUCGGAAUUUAUAGUACACUGCAAAGCUCAUUAUACCACUGUGUAAAAAAUUGCAUUAAUUUUUCGUUUAGUUUUAAUUUUUUUUUUGAAAUAAUAUUUUUUUAUAUAUACGCCUACAAAUUUUAUUCAUUAGUAUUUUGGAAUAUUUCCUCUAUUGUAUAAAUGAUAAAAAUAUAUAUUUUAUUACUUUGUAAUAAAUGA